AUGAAGAUCGUUGUAGAACAAGCAAACUACGAGCUGCGAUCGAAAUCAGCAUGUUGAGUGCUAGCUAUAUAUUUCUGGUGCUGCUGACAUGCCUCACGGCAAAUGCUGUCGCCCAGGAAGUGUCCACAUUGUCGAGCUCAGCGCCCUCGCCAUCGAAUUUCGCGGAGCUUUCGCAGGCUGUUGAGGAUUCGCUGGUGGACUAUGAGGAGCACCAGAAGGAGCGACUGCGUCAGGGCCACCGAUCCCGCAGGGCCGUGAAACGGGUUUGCUAUGGCGAACUGGGCUGCUUCGAGGACUCCGGCCCGUUUGCCUAUCUGGAGAUGCUGCCCUCGCCGCCGGAGGAGAUCAACACCAAGUUCUAUUUCUACUCCACCCGCCAGCGAUCCGAUCGUCCGCUGAUGGAGCUGUCCUUCCUGAACAUGACCAAUGCCUUCCGCGGCAAACGGGAGGCGGAGGUGGGCGGUCCUUCUUCUGGUUCACCCGAGGGCAGUGGCAGGUCGUCCAGUUCUGGACAGAUCGCCCAGAACGCCACCUUCAGCACGGAGCGUCCAAAGAAACCGGCCCAGCCCUCCAUCGAUGAUCUCGAGGGAUUCGAUGAGCUGUCCGUGCGGGUCAUCGUCCAUGGCUUCGGCUCCGCCUGUCCGCAUGUGUGGAUCUACGAGAUGAAAACGGCCCUCAUGGCGGUGGAGGACUGCAUUGUGAUCUGCGUGGACUGGGAGAAUGGAGCCACCUUUCCGAAUUACGUUCGAGCGGCGGCCAAUACGCGUUUGGUGGGCAAGCAGCUGGCCAUGUUGCUCAGGAACCUGCAGCAGCACAAGGGCCUCGACCUGAUGCGCACCCAUGUGAUUGGAUUCAGUUUGGGGGCUCAUGUGUCCGGCUUUGCCGGCGCCGAGCUGCCCGGACUUUCGCGGAUCACUGGUCUGGAUCCGGCGGGUCCACUGUUCGAGGCCCAGCACCCGAAGGUGCGACUGGACAGCAGCGAUGCGGAGUUCGUGGACGUGAUCCACUCGAACGGGGAGAACCUGAUCCUGGGCGGACUGGGCUCCUGGCAGCCCAUGGGCCACGUGGACUACUAUCCGAACGGAGGACGCGUCCAAACGGGCUGCUCCAAUCUUUUCGUCGGCGCCGUCACCGAUUUUAUAUGGUCUGCCCAGGCUGCAGAGGAUGAGGAGGGACGUUCUCUGUGCAAUCAUAGACGGGCCUACAAGUUCUUCAUCGACUCGGUGGCACCGCGCUGCCUUUUUCCCGCCUUUCCCUGCGGCAGCUACGACGACUUCCUCAAGGGCCGAUGCUUCCCGUGUGCCCAGGAUGACGAGGACCUGGCCGAGGGUGUUCCCCGGUGCGGCAACAUGGGCUACUACGCCGAUCGAUCCACGGGCAGGGGUCAGCUGUAUCUGCUGACCCGCGAGGAGGAGCCCUUCUGCGCCCACCAGUUCCAGCUGCAGAUCUUUAACUCCUUCAAUGACCUGCCACUGCGCACUAUAGGUCGGCUGGAGGCGAUCCUCGAAGGAGAUGGCGGUCUCAAUGAGACCUUCGAGAUAUCAGAGAAGGACGAUGCGGAGUUCUUCGCUGGGGACAUAGUGUCCAAGAUAAUCGUGCCGCAUCCGGCCCUGGGAUUCCCCACCACGCUGAGCCUGCACUACAAGUCGUACAGCGGGUGGCUGAGCAAGGGGCUGCCCCACUGGGACAUCGACAAGGUGGUGCUGACCGACAGCUUUGGCCGGAGCCACUCCCUGUGCCGCCCCUCCACGAAGCUGAGCAGCGGCAGUCCGGUGCGCCUGCGCCUGCAGGCGGGCAACUGUGAGCUGGACAACCAGGAGGACUACGGGGCCUACACCACCCAGCCGCCGGCUGCACCACCAGCUGGUGGACCGACAAUAUCACCGCCCACCGAGUUGCCCACCGAUUCCAGUCCCCAGGAGUCGGGCCACUUGGCGGCCUCCGUGGACGGCGUGGAUGGCGUGGAGACGGUGAAACAGCGCAAGGACAUCUUCAAUCUGGGCACCAGCUUCAAGUUGGCCCGCAAUCAGACCUAUCCCCUGGAUCAGGGCGACGAGCUGCCCUGGCAGCCCAUUCUGGUGGGCAAUUCGCUGGACAACGAGACGGCCGAGGCGGCGGCGGCGGCGGAGUCCAGUCGCAGUCUCUCGGACUCGGCGGUCGCCGGCGAGAUCUUCGAGCCCGUGCUCAAGGAUCGCAGGCUGGCCGUGAAUAGGGGGCGAAAUCUGCAGGACUAUGGCACCACGGAGAGUCCGGAGAUUGUGGAGCCGGUCCUGAAGGCCACCACGCCGCGUGUUAAGCAGGGCAAGGAUCUGGAUUUGUCGGAGAGCGAGGUGGUGGCCGGAAUGGUCACCACAUUGGGCGCCAUCAGUUCCGCCGUUACGGCGGGCUCCUCGCACAUUCCGGCCAAGACGAUGACGCAGGUGGGCACAGGACGAUCCCCGGAUCCGGAUGAGCCGCAAACGGUGCAGCUGCUGCCAUUCCGGUUGGGCGAACUCCUGCAGCGGGCGGAGCGGUAUGCCCGCGAGACCCUGCUGCCACUCAUAUCCGUGCAGGCGCCGCGCUUCUUUGGCUUCAAUGUGACGCCCCACGAUCGGGGCAUCGCCGGUCCAGGGGAAUCGCGAAAGCCGCGCUACAUUCCGCGCUACGAGGAGUCGGCCUUCCUGAAUGCCAGUUCCCCGAGGAGGCGAUCGCAGAAGGCCGCCCGUCGAUCGGCCGUGCAGCAGAGGAACCUCUUCCGGCUGAUGCGAUCGCGAUCUAGGGGUCAGGAGGAGGAAAGGGAGUCGGAGGAGCAAGUGCAGCAGCAGGAUCAGCAGGAGGGACAGCCGCAGGAGCAGCAGAACGAGGUCAACUACUACACCAAUGUGCUGCAGUCGGAGUCGCGGUCCAUGCGACCCGAAACACCAGAGUACCGACCCGUGUUUAUCGAUCUGCCCACCUACAAGCCGCAAACUGCUGCUUCCGCUUCGGCUUCGGCUGCCGCUUCCGUUUCCGCUUCCGUUUCCACUUCCGUUUCCGUUUCGAGGGCCCGAAGGCGUGGCAGAUCCCCCAAGCUGCUUCCCUGAUAUUCACUUAUUCACAUAUCUCAGCUGUCCCGCCAUCGGGGAUGAACACUUUGUGAUAUGCACACCAGAUCGUGGCUAUGGCACAGCUCCAAAACUACAAUCCCAAUCCCAAUCCCAAUCCUAAGCCCCAUUCACAUUCACAUUUACUACAUCCAUCCUCACACUGUAAAUAUCCGAAUCGAGCAAGCAAAGAUAUAUAAUGAAAUGGAAUUUCAAAUCGUGGACCGUUGCGUAGAAUAAGACAUUGAAUGUAAGAUUCUGAAUGUGAGAAACAUAGUUGUUAAGAUAAAACCUACAGUCGAGGGUCUCGACUUUAAGAUACCAGUA